AUGACGACCUUUACCCGCCUCGUCCGCUUCCUCGCCCGGGACGGCCGCACUUACUAUGGCGAUGCCAUCUUGCCCCGCGGCGUGACCGAUAUUAGCAAGGCUCGCCAGGCCCGUCUGGUUGAAGGAGAUAUUUUUGGCCGGCACCACGUCACCGACCAGGUCAUUGACAUCCGGACGCUUUUGGCCCCCUUGGCUCCGGAAGAUGUCAAGACGGUGCGGUGCCUGGGUCUGAACUACGCAGCCCAUGCGAAAGAAUCCAAAAUGGCCAUUCCCCAUUACCCCGUGGUAUUCUACAAACCCGCCACCUCCCUCAGUGGGCCCACGGACCCGAUUCCCGUUCACCCGAUGGCCCAGCAGCACACCGGCCUAGACUACGAGUGCGAGCUCGUCGCCGUGAUCGGCAAGCACUGCUCCGACGUGCUCGAGUCGCGUGCCCUCGACUACGUGCUCGGCUACGCCGUCGGCAACGACGUAUCGCACCGCGACUGGCAGCUCAAGCUCGGCGGCGGGCAGUGGUCACUCGGCAAAGGGUUCGACGGCUGGGCACCGUUCGGUCCGGGGCUGGUCUCGCGCGAGCUGGUUGGAGACCCGCAGAAGCUGGGCAUUCGCACGCGGGUCAAUGGGCAGACGGUGCAGGAGAGCACGACGGCGGAUAUGAUCUUUAGUGUGGCCAAGACGAUUGCGUUUUUGAGCCAGGGCACGACGCUGUUGCCGGGGGAUGUCAUCUUCACGGGAACUCCCCAAGGCGUCGGAAUGGGAAGAAACCCGCAGGUCUGGCUGAAAGACGGAGAUGUGGUCGAGGUGGAGUUGGAGAACGUCGGGACUUGCACGAACAAAGUCGAGUUUGGUCCGGCUAGGGAUGCUAAGCUCUGA